AGAUCAGUACUGGAACUGUUUGAAGCAACGGAAGUUCUCCGGUUGAGGUCCACAACAGAGCUGCGUCUGUUAAGGUUGAUAGGACUGGUGCUGUGUUCGGGUAACUCGUAUGAUGAUGGUUGUAUAACUGACGAGCGUCUUCUUGAUGAUCUGCUUCCGGAACUACCUGACGUGAGGAUACCCAUGGAUCGGAAUAUCUUAUUGACAGAAUACCGUCGUGCAGUAACAAAUGAAUAUGUCACAUGCAAGAAACGGAUCAGAAGACAAGUAUAAACGACCAAAGAAAAACGAAGAUGAGCAACGAACAACAAUUUGAAAUCUCUAGCUAAAGCAAAUAAAGUUGUCUGCACGCGAUGCAUCUAGGGACAGAAAAGAGGUGAUGGCGGAGCCCCUAUGGCCCGGAGGCCCCUCCCUUUACGGAGAUCACAUCAGCAGACCAAAGUCUAAACGGUUCAGUCGCCUCGACCAGGCUCAAGCUGCUCUAGCGAUUAAGGACGAUGAGGGUGAAACUAAUGAAUGUAGUGAGAUCGAUAAAAGACUUGGCUUGGUUCCAUCUCCUUCCGAAGAAGACAGAGUUGCUCAGACCUCAAUCAUAGGAGGUAGUACGGGAAGUACGACCCACUCCAGCUCGUACACGGACAGUACGUGUCCGAGCAGUGUGGAGGGUAGUGUGUACGGAGGCGUGGUCCUCCGGUCUGUUUCCUCUACUCUUCCUCGGUCUGCUAACUCUUCUAAUAUCUCGGAUAGCAGUGCGGUUACACAGCAGGAUGGGGAAAGGGGGGAGAGUGAGACUAAUGAAGUUUUUCCUUUGAAACCUGCCAGGGAGCGGAGUUCUACAGUCAGCUUCAGACCUGACGAUGACGAACUAAAUGAUCUGCCUACAUCACCUUCCAACUGCUCUAGUCCUUCCUCCUCCAAUAAACUGUUGAGAGGAGUUUCUCUUCCCAGCCCUCAUAACAAGGAGAAUAAACGGAAACGUUUCAGUAGUGCUGAUUUUCUCACGAAAAAUGCUGUUAACAAGUUGAAGGAAGAAAAGAAGAAGAACCUCUCGGGUACAGACCAAACAGAGCAGAAGAGAAAGAACAGAAUCUCAGUACUAUACAACAGCAUGAGGGGCAGCAAGCGACGGGAAGUCAAGGAAUCCAACGAGACGGAGCCAGGCAAAUUAUCCUCAACAUCAGAAGCUCCGGACGCUAAAACUCUCCGUCUCCUGGAAGAGAAGAUGUGUCAAGACCCUAAAAAGCUUCUAGCGGACCGGGUGAGAGAGCUUCGUAAGGUUAAAGAUCCGGACAGUCCUCAAACUCCCACCGAUGUAAGGGAAGAUUUCCCGCUCUUUGAGUUCGUGUGUGAAGUGUCCUUGAGGAGGAAGAGUGAGAACUUUUGUCCGUACAUCAGCUGGAGCCAUCCUCCUCUGAGGGUACUGGAGGAUGACAAAACUGCUUCCAUUACCUUGAGCAUUCCUCAAUUUUGUUUUCCUGACAUGGACAUUGUGGAACCUGUUAAGAAAAUGAAAACAGAGACUUACUGUUUUGUCUUCACUGAUCUUCAGGCGCAGAAUAAGUUUGGUUACUGUAGAAGAUUUCUGCCGGCUGCAAAGAGCAACCCUCCUGAGAAGAGAUUCCCAGUGGUUUACUGCAUGGUCACUAAACUGAGAAGUUUUGAAACAUUCUCGAAAAUAUUCGACCAUGUUGUACAUCUGAGAGACUUUAGCAGCGCAGGAGCUUAUUCCUUCCUCAAGGCACUCAUCGAACAGAAUGCUCCCAAGCCGGGCAAGAGUGUCACUGUCAAAUACAUCAACCCUAAAAUCGGAAACUUGGUCGAUAUUCACAUAGAACGAGUUACUGCUGGGAAGAGGUUCGAGCAUGUUGAUCUAGCCUACGUCCUUGUUAAACUGGGAUCAAAACUUCUGGUCGAAAUAUUUAUCAAUCUUCUCGCCGAACGAAAGUUGCUGUUCAUUGCGGAGAACCUAAGUGACCUUACGACUAUCAUUCACUCGAUAAUGCAACUGUUGUACCCUCUACAAUGGCAAGGUAUCUACAUCCCAGUUUUGCCCCAGGAGAUUCUUGAUGCUACCUCUUCUCCCGUUCCCUUCGUUAUCGGCAUCCUCAAGCAGCACGCUAAGGAACUGGACGAGGAUGCACUAGAUGAAGAAUGUCUUAUGGUGUAUAUCUCUGAGAAACGGUAUGAGAAACGCCCCAACUUCACCGACAUUCCCUUCAACAAGAAGUUCCGAAAAAAACUCACUCUGGACCUCAAACUUUACAAAGCGAAGAUAGCGAAAGCAGAGCGGACUUCAGAUCAGACGGUUGAAAUUGGGGACAUGUUUUACGAAUUCAUGAGGACUUGCAUUGGUCACUACGCUGACCACGUGACUUUUGAUGAAAAUGGGGAGUCGGAUAUUGACUUGACCUCGUUUAGUGAUUCAGCUGGAGUGCACUCCGAGUUUGUUUGGCAACUCUCCAAAACUCAAGUGUUUAGCAGUUUUGUUCAGGGUCUUACCCCAGAAUCUAAGAAUAUUUUUGAUGAGACCUCUGACAACGGAUGACGAAUUUGAUGCCUUCAUGGCGUUUUUUUUUAGAGUUCUAAAUGAUGUACAGGCCUGAUUUUGGCGAUGGAGUUAAUUAAUUAAUACGGAGAUUCGCCCGAGGAUUUGAUCAAUAUGUAAGGAGCCGACACGAUUUCAAAAUGCCCAGUCUGGCGUUGUGUUUG